UUUUUUUGCUAUAGGGUUAUGCUAAUCAGACACUCAGCUAACAAGUAGUUAUGAAUUAAUAACUUAACGCGUUAAAAUGGUGAUUAAGCUUUUAAAUCAGAGCUAAGCUAGCUAUGUGUUAUACUACUUUUAACUUGUUUGAACAAACGCCUGAGCCGUGUUGACGUUAGCAGUCAUUGGGAAUAAGGAAAUGAAACGAAGCUGCACUUGAAAGAAUAUGUCUGGAGAAACUGGUGAGCCAACUGAACUUGGAGGUGAAGUCGAGGAUGGGAUGCUGACUGAAGACCAGACAGAUGCCAAACCUGACCGCAGAGGGAGAUUUCUUCUGUUUGGGAGUAAGAAGAAUAAGGAUGGCCAGACGCGGGAGCAGGACUACUCUUCUGAAAGCCAUUACAGAAUUGUUUCACCAACAUUCCAGUAUAAGAUGAGCCACCAGCGAGUGGGGAAGUGUAUCAUCAUCAAUAACAAAAACUUUGAUGAAAAGACAGGGAUGAAUGUACGAAACGGCACAGACCGAGACGCAGGUGAGCUGUUCAAAUGCUUCAAGAGCCUUGGCUUCGAUGUCUGCAUCUAUAAUGAUCAGACAUGUGAGAAGAUGGAGCGUCUUCUCAAAGAUGCCUCGGAGGAAGACCAUAGUGACAGCUCGUGUUUCGCCUGUAUCCUGCUAAGCCAUGGUGAAGAGGGAAUGAUCUACGGAACAGACGGAGCCAUGCCCAUCAAGACCAUGACCUCAUUGUUCAGGGGCGACAUGUGCAAAAGCUUAGUUGGAAAACCAAAACUCUUCUUCAUCCAGGCUUGCCGGGGUUCUGAAUUUGAUGAUGGUAUACAGACAGAUUCGGGUCCGCCAAACGAUACCUUGGAAACCGAUGCUAAUCCAAGGCAUAAGAUCCCUGUAGAGGCAGAUUUCCUGUUUGCCUACUCUACCGUGCCAGGGUAUUACUCCUGGAGGAACCCUGGCCGAGGCUCCUGGUUUGUCCAGGCGCUCUGCAACGUCCUCAGUGAGUUUGGCAAGCAGUUGGAGAUAAUGCAGAUCCUGACACGGGUCAACUACAUGGUGGCCACCAGCUUUGAGUCCUGGUCUGAAGACCCACGCUUCAGCGAGAAGAAGCAGAUUCCCUGUGUGGUCUCUAUGCUGACGAAAGAACUGUAUUUCAACUGAACGCCAGCCUAACUGACCGAACUGUACGACUCCACUGACUGGCUGCCUGACUGACUGACUGACUGACUGACUGACUGACUUGACUGACUGUUUCAGGCACCGACUAAGCGUUCAAGGUAUUCAGGGAUGAUUCAGGCCCAGCAGGACACUGCACAUUUGGAGCAUAUGUGACAUUUUGCAUGUUUAGUUGGGCCCGAAAACAAGCACUCCGUGAGGAAAACAAAUUAUUUACAGUGGCACUCCUCGUUCAUGUGGUGAAACUUUUUCCUCUUCUUCAGGUUAUUCUUCGGAAUAAUGGCGUCACAUUUUAAUCUGAUCUUUUUUUUUUUUUACAGGCAUUGUUAAAUAUAUCAAUGUUAUUCUACCAGCCCGGAAAAUUUGCUGCCAGUUUUUGUGGGUUUGGGGAAUCCUAUCUGAAUAUGUGUCUCUCCACUUUCCAGCAUUUGCAGUAGAGGUUGAAAGGAACUGUAUGAAUGGACUUGAAAUUGGUUCUGACUAACUGAAAUAAUUGACAUUUGGUGUUCUGAGAGAAGUCUCUCCAGAAAGAGAUCAUAAAUCUGUCCAAUGCAGUCCAGUUUAUCAAUCUCGUCCUUUUGAGCUAUCGAAUUGGGUUUGCAAAAACAGCCUUAUAUGAGGGCACUAGUCAGUCUACAGAGAUUCCCACCAGAAAAAUGAAUAGAGUGAUUACAAAACCUUUGAUUGCCAUAGGAGAGAUGAGGGAGGUGCCUUGAUUUACAAACCCAGGCCAAUGCGUUGUUGGGAGGAUGGGGGCAUCUGGAAAAUGGAUCAGAUAAUUUACAGUUAUCUAUGUUUUAACGUUUUCAGCUGUCAGUUGUCAAAAGAAAGAGACAAAAGAAAAAAGAUGACACAAGGCAGAAACAUGUGACGAUGUUUUUUGCCAAAGGCUCAAUGUCUCAGCCUUCCUAGUCAGUUUCAGUUAGUAGCAGCAUGCUGACAUCCUCAGGUUCUUUAAUGUCCCAUGAAGUGGGUAAAUGUAAUGUUAAAGAAUGUCAUAUACGUAUGGCUAGGAAGGUGUGAUCUUUUGCUGUGUAGGGAUUAGUUCUAUGAGAUUUUGGGUCAAGUGCGUAGUAAAUAGUCCACUCCCAUAAAAGCAAGGGUUAUUUGCAAUUUGCCGGUUUUCUCAGCGUGAUGUUGACUUCACUUGCUUGUUGUUCAACCCUGAGCAAGUGAAGUUCAUGUAUUUGCACAUGAUCAAAAUUACGCACUUGUCUUAUUAGUCAGGGUCUAAUAAAUCAGUUUAUGAAUUUCCCUUUCUUAAUCUUUAAAGUUAGACAUUCCUCUUUAAUAUCUUUACUAGAUAAUAGGAUUCACGCUGAUGGAUUUUUUCACCAGAAAGGGAACUUAAGAAUGUUGAAAACUGUGUCAUAAAUUUGGGAAGUAUUAUAGUGUAGAGCUGGACUAGGGCCCAAAGCACAAAUGCCGCAUCAUUUCACUGUAUAUUAGUGUUGUACAUUGUCAUAACAUACACUACACUCUAGUAAGAGGUACCCAGCAAGGUCUUCCUAUUUAUAUUUUUAAAUUAAUCUUUUAUUUAGAAAGAUUUAAAAACCCAAAUCAUAGUGAAAGACACAAACGAUUAAUUGCUUUUAUAUAUAAUGUUUAAUAAUUUCAAAUUAUAACUAUAUUCUUUUAAACAACAUUGCACAAUUUAGUAAAUUAAUAAUUGUCAUUGAGAUAUAUAAUAAAAUCUAAAAUAUUUAUUUUGAAUAAAAUAGACAUUUGCUGAUGGUCAUUACAACUUACACAAAGUUUGUUCCUGCAGAUACACUGUGUUAUCGUCUCAAAGUCUGUCAAUCACAGAGGCAGCUAUUACUGGUGGUGACAAGUCUGAACAUACACAAUCCACAUGUCCGCAACACACACUCUCACUGUUGCUGCAAUGUUUUUACUUUAUUGACAUGAUUGCAUGUGUCAGUAACUAAGGGGAAAGGUUCAGCAAUAUCUUUAAUUUGUCGUUAUAUUUUCUCCUUUUCACUCCUUGUAUUUUUUUUAUCAACUGUUUUUUUGAUAGCACUUCUUUAUAUAUAUAUUUGCCAGAAGUGUGAUAUACUGGUUUAAGUUAGAGACAUGUUACAUUCUACACCCAGUGCACUUGUCCAAUACAGCUCAACUCUCAAUCCUCUCGACACAUGGAUCUCUGAUUAGUGAUGUGGUGCCCAACCUGUGCUGAAAGGAGUGUUUGCUCCACUUGUUUUGGAUUGGAAUUGAAGGAGGGAAAAAUUCAUUUUUAAGGGUAACAUUUUAAAUGCUUUCCAGUGUUAAAUGCUGUUGUCCUCAGGAAUAUAUUUGAAAAGACUUGGAAAAAUGAAUGAAUGAAUUUCAUUGAAAGUAUAAUUGGCCCAAUUUUUUUUAUUUCAUUUGGGGCAAUACCUUGUUUAAAUAACUUCAAAACAGAGGAAUGCUUAUGUAAACAUUUUAUUGUAUUAAAUAUGAAUAAUUCAUUGUGUAA